AUGAUGCUGAACCGAUUCUGAAACGAUUGCCGCUUUCUCACUUGCCGGAGCGCAGUGGCAGAGAGAGGUGUCGGUUUGUAAGGGGACUUUACAACCUUCAGAGCAUCUGGAGAGAUUUCCUCACAGGGCAGAAGGCAGGGUUAGCUCACUACUAACGUAGAGAGACUGCUACCGUGCAAAUGUGAGGGAGGGCGGAGGUGCUUAAGCAGGUGGGUCAGGCUGCAGCAAGUAUUUAGGAAGACCAAGGCUGUGGUGGCAGAGCAAAGACCCAUCUGUUUCAUCGUUUGUUUGUUUAUUCCUCCUCCUCCUCAUGCCUUCCCCCUCCCUUAAAUCCAGGGACCGUUCACGCCUCUUGCAAAUGAGAUUUGGGCGAUGCUGAGAGAACAGCGUGUUGCAUGGCGUGUAUGUGCAUGCAUUCGCGGGGGUAGGAUACUCAGCCCUCAGCAUUUGCCUGUGAGCAGAAGAAAAUAGGAUGUACCUAUAACUGGAGGAGUGACAAUGCUAGCCGAGUGGGGCUCACCUGCUGGUGAUCUUUGCAGAGGCAUUUGAGGAUUAUUCAGCUCCAGAAGGUCCGUGUGAGGAGUGCUAUCUCUGCCGGGGCUGAAAAUAGGAGGUGCCUGCCCCUACCUGUCUUAAUUAUUGCCACCAAAAGGACCAUUUUGCCACGCUGUGGGAAGAAGCGCUUGCUGCCACUGACAAGGGUAUGAGGAUUAUGACCUCAUGUGCAGCUCUGCAUAGAUGUCCACUUGGAGCUGACGGUGACUCCUUAGAGAACAGAUGCCAACUCCUGGUUAACAAUCAGUAUAGUGCUCCUUCUAUCAAGAAGAUUUGAUAACUGCUUUUCACCAGCUCUCCAACUUUUUUUCCAUCAUGUUGUCUCUACCAGCCUAAAAUUUCCUAAAAUGGUCCUUCUGCUGCUCCUUGCAAUCCUGCUGUUGAAGGAAGAUGUCUGUGGGAACUUCGGGCUUUUUGUUUCAGCACAGGCAAAUGAGAGAAGAGUGGUUGCACACAUGCCUGGUGAUAUUAUCAUUGGAGCUCUAUUCUCUGUCCAUCAUCAACCAACUGUUGACAAAGUUCAUGAGAGGAAAUGUGGAGAGGUAAGAGAGCAGUAUGGGAUUCAGAGAGUGGAGGCAAUGCUACAUACCCUUGACAGAAUUAAUUUGGACCCCACACUGUUGCCAAAUAUAACAUUAGGAUGUGAAAUAAGGGACUCCUGCUGGCAUUCUGCUGUGGCUUUGGAGCAGAGCAUUGAGUUUAUAAGGGACUCUCUGAUUUCUUCUGAAGAAGAGGAAGGGAUGGUGCGAUGUGUGGAUGGAUCAUCAUCGUCUUUCCGCUCCAAGAAACCCAUUGUUGGUGUCAUUGGGCCUGGCUCCAGCUCUGUUGCUAUCCAGGUCCAGAACUUGUUGCAGCUUUUCAAUAUACCUCAGAUUGCUUAUUCUGCCACAAGCAUGGACCUAAGUGACAAAACUCUGUUCAAGUAUUUUAUGAGAGUGGUGCCAUCUGAUGCACAGCAAGCAAAGGCGAUGGUGGACAUUGUCAAACGCUAUAACUGGACCUAUGUUUCUGCUGUACACACUGAAGGAAACUAUGGUGAAAGUGGAAUGGAAGCUUUCAAAGAUAUGGCAGCCAAGGAAGGGAUCUGCAUUGCACACUCCUACAAGAUCUACAGCAAUGCUGGCGAACAGAGCUUUGACAAGCUGCUGCGAAAGCUUCGGAGCCACCUGCCCAAGGCAAGAGUGGUUGCCUGCUUCUGUGAAGGCAUGACUGUAAGAGGCCUCUUGAUGGCUAUGAGGCGCCUGGGACUUGCUGGAGAGUUUUUGCUGCUAGGCAGUGACGGCUGGGCAGACAGGUAUGAUGUGACAGAAGGGUACCAGAAUGAAGCUGUUGGUGGGAUAACAAUCAAGCUGCAGUCUCCAGAUGUGAAAUGGUUUGAUGAUUACUACCUACAGCUUCGGCCAGAAACCAACCAUCGGAAUCCGUGGUUUCAGGAAUUUUGGCAGCACAGAUUCCAGUGCCGGCUGGAAGGUUUUCCUCAAGAGAACCCUAAAUACAACAAGACUUGCACAAGCCAGAUGACUCUGAGGACGCAGCAUGUUCAGGACUCCAAGAUGGGCUUUGUAAUCAAUGCAAUUUACUCCAUGGCCUACGGGCUCCACAACAUGCAGCUGUCCUUGUGCCCAGGCUACGUGGGCCUCUGUGAUGCCAUGAAGCCCAUAGAUGGUCGGAAACUCCUGGAAUCCCUCAUGAAGACUAACUUUACCGGGGUCUCCGGGGACAUGAUCUUGUUUGAUGAGAAUGGGGACUCACCAGGAAGAUAUGAAAUCAUGAAUUUUAAACAAAUGGGGAAGGACUACUUUGAUUAUAUCAAUGUUGGCAGCUGGGACAAUGGUGAGCUGAAAAUGGACGAUGAUGAAAUAUGGUCAGAGAAAAGUAAUAUCAUCAGAUCUGUGUGCAGUGAACCCUGUGAAAAAGGCCAGAUAAAGGUGAUCCGUAAAGGAGAAGUGAGUUGCUGUUGGACCUGCACUCCUUGUAAAGAAAAUGAAUAUGUCUCUGAUGAAUACACGUGCAAAGCCUGCCAGCUCGGCUCCUGGCCCAACGAGGACCUCACAGGUUGUGACCUCAUCCCAGUCCAGUAUCUCAGAUGGGGCGACCCCGAACCAAUUGCAGCCGUUGUUUUUGCAUGCCUGGGUCUGUUGGCCACCCUGUUUGUUACAAUCGUAUUCAUAAUGUACCGUGACACUCCAGUGGUCAAAUCAUCCAGCCGAGAACUUUGCUACAUCAUUCUGGCCGGCAUCUGCUUGGGUUACUUGUGCACUUUCUGUCUGAUUGCAAAACCUCAACAGAUUUACUGUUACCUUCAGCGAAUUGGCAUCGGCCUCUCACCGGCUAUGAGCUAUUCUGCUCUAGUAACUAAAACCAACCGCAUUGCAAGAAUUCUGGCUGGAAGCAAGAAGAAAAUUUGUACAAAGAAACCUAGGUUCAUGAGUGCCUGCGCCCAGCUGGUUAUCGCAUUUAUCUUGAUAUGUAUACAACUAGGCAUCAUAGUCGCCCUCUUUAUAAUGGAGCCACCAGAUAUAAUGCAUGAUUACCCAAGCAUCCGAGAGGUCUACCUGAUUUGUAACACCACCAACUUGGGUGUUGUGACUCCCCUUGGAUAUAAUGGGUUAUUAAUUUUGAGCUGCACCUUUUACGCAUUUAAGACAAGAAAUGUCCCAGCGAAUUUCAACGAAGCAAAAUAUAUUGCCUUCACCAUGUAUACCACUUGCAUCAUUUGGCUGGCUUUUGUGCCAAUAUAUUUUGGAAGCAACUACAAGAUAAUCACCAUGUGUUUCUCAGUGAGUCUGAGUGCCACGGUGGCCCUUGGCUGUAUGUUUGUGCCCAAGGUCUACAUCAUCCUCGCUAAGCCAGAGAGGAACGUGCGCAGUGCGUUCACCACAUCGACGGUAGUCCGCAUGCACGUGGGCGACGGAAAGUCAUCGUCAGCUGCCAGCCGCUCCAGCAGCCUGGUGAACCUGUGGAAAAGAAGAGGAUCAUCUGGUGAAACGCUUAGGUACAAAGGCAGGAGACUGGCCCCCCCGCACAAGUCGGAAAUAGAGUGUUUCACCCCAAAAGGGAGUAUGGGGAAUGGUGGGCGAGCUACAAUGACCAGUGAAGAAUCUGUUUGCAUUCCAGACUGUAAUCGUUCUGAGUCAAGUAGAGAGGAGAAAAAGGUUCCUGUUAAAGAGGAUGCCCUAACAGUCAAAAAGACUGGAAACUGUGUCAGUCUAAUAGUUCCACAGCAAGACUGUCAGCUGCAAGACCUACUCAAACACUCUAAUGGGAAAUCGGUUUCCUGGGCCCAGAACGAGAAAAGCAGCCGAGGAGCACACCUUUGGCAGAGGUUGUCAGUCCACAUCAACAAAAAAGAGAACCCCAACCAAACUGCAGUGAUCAAGCCUUUUUCUAAAAGCACAGAUAGUAGCCGACACAGUAGCAGCGCUACGUUUCCUGAGGCUAGUGCCAAAACGCUUUAUGACGUUUCGGAAGCCGAAGAGCAAUACCCAGCUCAGUACCGACCACAGACUCCCUCACCAAUCAGCACUUUGAGCCACAGAACUGCCUCUGUCAGCCGAACAGAAGAUGAAGCCCCUACCUUCCAGUCAGAACCUCCUCAGCGAAGUAGCUCCUCUCAAGGCUCCCUCAUGGAGCAGAUCAGUAGUGUUGUUACUCGCUUCACAGCCAAUAUCAGCGAGCUGAACUCUAUGAUGCUUUCAACAUCUACUCCAGGGACAAUGGGGGCUGCUCCUCUCUGCUCUUCAUACCUGAUUCCACGGGAAAUCCAGCUCCCUACAACAAUGACCACGCUCGCAGAGAUCCAACCGCUUCCUGCCAUUGAAGUCAAUGGCGCUUCACAGUCUGCUAGGAAACCUUCAAAUGACAGCAUCAAAGAAGGCACUUCAGAGACCCCAACAGCCAAGCAAGACCUGGAGGAGUUGGUGGCUUUAACUCCUCCUUCUCCUUUUAGAGACUCUAUCGAUUCUGGGAGUGCAUCUCCCAGCUCUCCAGCUUCUGAAUCAGCUCUCUGUAUCCCGUCCUCCCCCAAAUAUGACACACUCCUUAUCAGAGAUUACACUCAAAGUUCUUCUUCGCUGUGAAUGUAGUUCAAGACGACUUUGGAUCUCGACAACUACAAGCAAGUAGUGAGGGGACAGCCAAGUCUUCAAGGUCUCCAGUGUUUACGCAGACAGAGUGAGAGGCAUUGGGUCAUCUUGAGAUUGAGAAAUGGAAGGGAAGAAGUGGAAUCACUUGAGAGGUGGAAACAUCAGAUUAAUUAUGCUGAUUUAAAGACAAAAUGACUCUUGGCAGAUUAUCGUGGCCUUAAAAAAACAUGGGCUUUUCAGAAACACUGAAUCUAUUUUUGAGGGCUUAUAAGGAGUCUGUUAAUCCAGUUACAUACCAAGUGCUUUGCUUUAGUAUUACAAUGAACUGUGUGUACAAUAUAGGGGACGGGGGGCGGGGAACUAGAUUGUAAACAACUGUACAAUGGUUUGUUUGUUUACUCUGAUCCCUUACCCAGAAGUGAACCUUGAUCUUUUAUCAAGAAUAGAAGACCAAACAUUGAAUGUACAUUUUCUAACAGACUCAAAUCUGGGACCAACCUGUCAAGCUUUCUUUCUUUCUUUUUUUUUUUCUAUGAAGAUCUCAAAAAGCAGAAAUGUAUGUUCAAAAACUACAAAACUUUUUGCUGAAGAAUAUUGUGUCUGUGAUACGUUACACGUGGAUAACACUAAGCUGAGGCUUUGCAGUGAGUGACUGCAAUAUGGAGGGCUUUACAAGUGACUUCUCAACCUACGCAUUUGUUUAUGAAAUUCUCUUCUAUCAGUAUCAAAAGAUCAAUUUGUUAACAUUGGAUUCACCCUCACAACAAAACCCAAGGAAGAUUUCCUGACUAUUUCACCAUGUUGCCAACUAAUAAUGAAGUAGCAAAAAAUAUUUUCUGGAGUACUGUUUUGUAAUUCCCUUAUCAGGGCAAGUUGUUGAGAUGAAUAUUCUCUUUCUAGCAGCACUACUAAGCUAUAUUAUAGCUGCAUUCCCUAUUGAAAUUAACACAUUUUUAUGGACAUCCUCGUGAUAAUGUUACCAGUAAAAAUACUUAUUCAGAUACCCAUCUUUGCUUGUGACAAACAGGUAAACACCCUAAGGAUUUUCUCCAUCCUUUGAAUGACAGAAUUCUAGGAUAUCAAUUUGGUUUAUGAUGAAUGCUAACUGUCAGUGGGAAAAGUUGUCAUAAUCAUAAUUUAUAUAUAUAUAUAUACAUAUAUAUAUAUAGAGAAAAAGCCCUGUGUCAAAGUCUGCUUAGAUGUGAUUAAGCUACUCUUUAAUAAGCAACAAUUUUAAACUUUGUUUUGCUGCUGAUGCCCUGCAGCUAUGAACAGAGACAAAAAAAAAAAAAGAAAAAAAUACAUUCAAAGCAAUACAGAGUAAAGGUUAAAACAAAGAAGACCUAAUGAGAUAUGAACUAACAAAAUCUUUGUUUCUUAGCAACUCACAGAAGAAACAAGGGGAUUCCUCAAUUUUUUUUUUCCUAUAUCAAGGUAGGACAGUUUAGUGCACUUCAUACUGUCACUGCACUUUUUUAAUACAGGCAGGGAAGAGUUUUAAAGUUUGAAUAGUAGCUAAAUAAUUUUUGAUAGGUGUAGUUACAUAGAACUCGUAAGUCAGACCCUAAACGCACACUGUAUUGGCUCUCUUCUUCAUGACAUAGCUGUCCUCAGGUGCCAAAAUUUUAUGGGUUUGUUUUAUUUUAUUGAAGGAUAGCAUGAAGUGAUGAAUAAUGUACUUCAAUUCAAAGUUGAAUUGAUGUAGCCUUAUAUAGAAGACAGCCUCAAGGAAGGGAGCCUUGAAAUAAGGCUGCUAUAUUUUAUUUUCAAAACCUUUAGAUCUUGUUUCUUCGAAGAUAACAAAUAUUUUGUAAUCAAAAUUCAUACCUCCUUUUUCUCCCCCCAUGUUCAAAAUAAAUAUUUGAUCAAACAAGUAAAAGAUUAAAGCACAUUCACAUAGUUUAGCAAAGAGCAUUUUCUAUUCCUUUGGGAUGCUUGUUUCACUAUUAUGUGUUGCACCCCAAUCUGCUGCUCAACAACAUUUAAAAAUGAAAAGGAAUAGAUGACUGAAUCCAGAUCAGCACUUGACAGAGAUACUCUAGUGACUCUAGAGCCAGACAGUGUUAUCCAGUUGCAGUCUGGGCAUGCUUGUUUUGUCAGGUACAGUCAUUUAUCAGCUUUGCCUAUAGCAUGAACAGGCAGGUCACAAAACAGCUCUACUCCAGAAGGCAGAUCCCUACACUAAGGCAUGACUGAAGGUCCUUGUUGCCCAUAUGCAGUUCUUGCCUCCUCGCACGACUGAUCAGCACGGACUCAGCUCUGUGCAGCUGCACGGUUCCCAGACUAGAGCUCAGUUUUGCCCUCUUGGUUCACAGUACUAGCAUGUCUCCUCAUUCCCUAGCUGCCCAUGUCUUCAGGAGAAAGCAUCUUCUGUCACAGAUUACAACCCACAUUUAAGAGAAAAGCAUGUCCAAUCAGUCUGUGAUACAAACACUCUUAUUAGAGGAGUUUAGACCACUUAAAUGUUGUUCAUGGAAGACUUAUAUGAUAAUAUUUGUCUCCCAUCAGUGCAAUAUUGUUUCAAGAUAAACAGAGUGUACUGAGAUAAUUAAUGUGAAUUUCAAAGGGAUUCUAUUACUACCUGUUCACUUAUUCUUCAAACUAUUGACCAAUGUUCUUACAAGAACAUCCUCCACCUUGAUCUUUCCUUAGCAUUUUAGGUCCCCUGUAGUCUUUUUUUAUGUUGGUGGACAAUAUAAUUGUAUUCCUGCUAAAAUCCGUGGGUUUCGCUGCAAUGUGAAAUAACCAGCAGUGGAAAUAAGGAUUAUACAGACAAACAUAAAAACCUUUCCUCAAAUACAAAACUAGAAAAAAGGAGUGAAAAAUAGAAACUGUCAAGCUCAGCACAAAUAUACCUCUUCUGCUCUCAAACUGCACCAUCCUGGCCAUAGCUAUUGCUCAGAGCUUCCGGACAAUGUUCAUGUACACUGUCAUGAUGAUAUGGGUAUGAGGAUGCACCAUGUGCCCUGAAUGCAUGUUUUAAGAACCUAAAACCCUAAUGUUGUGCAACCCAAAUUUUAAACACUUUUGCUCACUCUCACUAUCGAUGGAGUCAUGUAUCUUUUGCAUACCUAUCAGCCACAGCAGAAAUUUUAAUUGAACAAGGAACCAUGGAUGAACCUUGCUGAGAUAGUACUCUCUUGGAGUCAGUCUAUUUUUAGUGAAAGAUGGGCAACCUUAGGGGCAUUAAAAGAAGGUAGAAUCCAGUUUAAUUGUUCAGACUGGAGUGCAUCAACGUCAUUUUUUAUUAUGUAUUUGAAUUUCAACAAAGGGAGGAAAGGUUUUGAGGAGGAGAAGGCAAAAAUGGUGUAAUACCUGUAGUAAUAAUCCAAAUGAGCCCAGUGGGAAAUUUGCAGGACUGGAAAGUUCUUUGUGAGAAGCUGACGGGUUUGACAUAAGAGAAAAAAUAUGAAUGACAGACAUCAUGACUUCAUUAUGCUGUUUGUAUGCUAGUCUCUGUUUAGGACAUUAAAAUAGAGUGGCAUGGAUUUUCAGACAUAAAUGCAAAAGUUGCAAUCAUGAAAACUUUUCAGUCUAACUAAAGAAUGUGCAAGUACCAACUGAAUGGCUUGAAAUUUGCCUUCCAAUUUAGUGCUGCUGCCGCAAAGGGAAUUAAAGGAUUUGAAACUACUGUCAUCCUUGACCACAGGGACCUCAAAAAAUUCUCUUAUUUCUUUUGUGCUCAAGGCCAACCCUAAAGAGUGAUAGUGUAAUCACCUUUGGAUCUGUGCUUUUGAAAUAAAGUGAGUCAUUCUGGCAGGCCAGUUGGGAAGAAGUCUUUGCAAUACUGAAGAAUUGUAUUUUUAAAUUGUCUCUGAAGAAUGAUUGCAUGACUUUGAAGACGUGCUUCCCUGUACUUCUGUCUGAACAUUUGGUGCCUAGACUCAUGCAGAUACCUUAGACCAGAGAUUUUUAGACCACAGUCCACAAAUCACGUGGUGAUUUCACGUGGUGAAUCAAAUGUUGGUGUUCCAUGGGAGCUGGUUGAUCACAAGGUGCUGGCUUCUUCUAUUGAUUUCCAGCUACAAAAGUGAGAUAGAAACUAAAUGAUAAUUAACUAACUGUUAUAAGCUCUAAAAGAAAAAAAAAAGUUAUGUUAGUUUGCUUGUAUGUCUAUUAAGUUGCUGUGUGUGUAAAAGGAAAACUUUUGUUAAAAAUAGAGAAUAAGAUAUUAAAAGAGAGUAAGCGGGAAGGCCAAUCCAUGACUCUCACUCUGGAUGACAGAGGAGUUCCCCUGUGAAUGUUUUCUUUAGUCUACAAGACCAAACUGAAAGACGGCAUAGCUGUGGGUGCAAGUUCUGUAAAGGAAUGUGUGUAACCUUGUUAUUCUGCUUAAUAAAUCAUUUAUGAGGUGAGAGGAUAAAAGAUGGUAGCAACAGACAGGUAAAAAAUAAAAUAAAAAAGAGCUGGUUCCUUGGGGAAAUCAGAGCACUAUGCUCAGGACUAAUAAUAUGACCACAAAUUUUUUAUUGUAUUGGAGACCAGUGCCAGCGCUCCACAGUAGAGCAAAAAACUAUGUAUUGCAUGGAAUAAUUUUAAGUGCUGAAGUCCUUUGCUGGCACUGGCCCUUAAUCUAUUGGGGUCAAUGGAAUCAUUCUAGAUUAAUAUCCAUAUAAAUAUAAUCAAAGUUGGAUAGUGGCCACUGAAGUCUAGAUUUUAACUAUUUGUUCUGCAGAGAAUGAUAAUGACAGGAUAAUCUUCCCAGUCUAUUUUGAAUCAAAGAGCAGAUGGAUUUUAUUAGGUUAAUUCCUGAAGUUAGGCUUGGUGAAUAGGUCAUUCCUGCCAUUCAUCUUCAUCAGUCCUACUCUAUCUGGUAUCCCAAUGGGAAAUCAUCUGAAUGUGUUUAGGGAUGUGAGUGAACAUAUCCAAAAAUCCCGAGAAUUUUUGUCACAGUUUUCUGGCAGUUUAAUGAAUCUCCAAAAAAGAAGUCAAUACUUUCCAUGAACAAGAAAAUCAUUCAUCUGCUACGCAUUUCAGUGUGCACUUAAUUUAGUAAAGACUGAAGUUGAAUUACAUGAAUUCACUUUUUUUGCUGUGGUUUAUUAUUAUAUCCUCAGUUCAAAUCUCUCCAAUUGCCACUUACAAUUUUAUACUGUGAAAAGGAAAAGAGAUACAGGCCAGUGAAGCAUAAAGGUAAGUAAAAAAUUCAUCUGGAUGAUGAAUUGGUGUAUAUGGCUGGUUUUGUCUCACCUGAGCAAUGACAGUACUAACAAACAAUAAACAUUAAGUCACUCCGAUCUGCCAAAUGGGAACAAAUAUACUAUGUAUAUUACAUGUACUAAUAGGAUUAUAUGGCAGCUGCUGGUGGUAUUUGUAAUUAGAAAUCUAUAUAGAAUAUAGAUGUUUUAGAGAGAUGGUGCCAAUUCCAAAAGAUUUAUGUGGGCUACAAGUGCUUGUAAUUAUUUUUUUUUAAUUUGCUAAUAACUUAUGAAGAACUGGUUUCAAACAUUCUGUGACCGUUUGUUCUUUUUUAUGUUGUUGCUGCUUAUACUAUUAAAACAUAGAGAAUGUAAAGUUAUUAUUUUGAUGUGAACUGAAAAUGAUUUUUCAUAAAAUUUAACAUUUUUAUCAGCUUUGGUUUGCUUUCUACCUGUACAAAUGUAAUUUAUUUUAGCAUUGAAGAAUACACUUGCUUGUUUCUCAAUUGUCUACAUCAUGUUAUAGUUGGUGUUUAUGUAGAGUCAGGUACUUUUUGAACAGUAUUAAAAAGAAUCUGUGAUAUGACUGAAAA